GAGCAACAGAAAAGACAUCGGGAGCAGAGUUUGAGGGUUCCUAACAAGCUUUCAAAGGGAUUUCCUUACUCAAGGCACAAUUUCCUCGUUUAUUUGGAUCUUCCUUCUUGUUUGUUGAGGAAAAAUGAUGUUUACCGCUUUCAACACGGAGUGCGAUUCCUCCUCUCGCUGCAGCACUGCUUCUCCGUCCGGGGACAAUCUGACAUACUUCAACUCACCAGCGGGAUCUUACUCAAGCAUUGGAUCCCCUCAGUCUCAGGAUUACACUGACCUGACAGCAUCAAGUGCCUCCUUCAUCCCCACCGUCACAGCCAUUUCAACAAGCCCAGACCUGCAGUGGAUGGUGCAGCCUUUGAUCUCCUCUGUGGCCCCCUCUCACAGGGCUCACCCCUACACCUCCAGCCCCAGCCCCGCCUACUCCAGACCAGCCAUGAGGUCUGCAGCCUCCAAGGCUCACAACUCUCUGAAGAGGGGCAGAAUGGAGCAGACAUCACCCGAGGAGGAGGAGAAGAAGAGAAUUCGCAGAGAGAGAAACAAGCAGGCCGCUGCAAAAUGCCGCAACAGGAGGCGAGAGCUCACAGACACUCUGCAAGCUGAAACUGAUAAGCUUGAGGAUGAGAAGUCCAGCUUACAGAAUGAUAUUGCCAAUCUUCUGAAGGAGAAAGAGAGGCUUGAGUUCAUUCUGGCUGCACACCAGCCCAUCUGCAAAAUCCCCUCAGAGCUGGACACUGAGUUCUCCGUCACGUCCAUCUCUCCCGUCCACUCCUGCCAGUCCACAGAGGUGUCCCCUAAGCCCCAGACCACCCUAUCAGCCACAUGCAUCACCUCCAGUCAGCCAACAUUCACUUCAACCUCCAACUCACUCUUCUCCAGCAGCGGCUCUGUCCUCUCCACCGCCACUGUCUCCAACAGCACCGUCAAGAUGGCAGACCUGGAGUCCUCUGUCCUGGAGGAAUCUCUGGAUCUGCUGGCAAAGACAGAGAUGGAGACGGCACGCUCAGUUCCAGAGGUCGACCUGUCCAACUCCCUCUACACGACUCAGGACUGGGAGCCCCUUCAUGCCACAACCAACAACAAUGACUUUGAGCCCCUGUGCACACCUGUGGUGACCUGUACACCUGCCUGCACCACCUUCACAUCUUCUUUCGUGUUUACCUUCCCAGAGGCAGAGACCUUCCCCACCUGUGGAAUUGCUCACAGGAGAGGAAGUAACAGCAACGACCAGUCCUCCGACUCCCUCAGCUCGCCAACCCUGCUGGCCCUUUAAAGACUUCCAGAAACAAUAAAUCUUCCUAUAAAGCACAUUAUCUUUAUGUAUGAGAUAGAUGUGCAGAUCACAGGGCUAUGGAAAGGACUUUAACCAAUUAUUUAUUAUUUUAUUGGCCUAUCUAUACUUGCCUAUUACACCAAUGUAGCAAGUUAAAAGCAUGUUUCAAGUAAUACCACCUAGUCGUUUUAUGAGUUCAUAUGAUUUUCUGGUGCUAGAUGACAAAAAAUGUUGUAGUGUUGAUGUUUUUCAGAGCAAUAUUUAUUAUUGAUCCAGUUUGUUUUUCUGGUUGAUGGAAUGUGAGAGUUAAUUGUGAACUUUUGUGAAACUUAAAACUGACGUGCUUUGUCUUAACCAUGGUCUGAGUGGUCUUUAGUAUGAAGUUUUCUGUGAAAACAUUAGUGGUGUUAAUUUAUGAAAUUUCAAUUUAUUUUUUUACAGAGUAUUGCUGUUUGUAAUAUAUGUAAA